CCUGUGCCGAGAAAACCCAAAGGGCCCAUUUAUCCCGUUGAGCCGUCUUUUUGUUUAAACAGAGGGUCACACUACAACCAAAAGACUGCCGUUUCCCCCAGAAGACAGGUCUGAGAUUUGGCUUCACACAGCCGCAUGUCUGUGGGAGAAAAACUUCUUUUUUAGAGGCAACUGAAGUCAGCCCAAGCAAACAGAACACCAGCAGCCCAAAUGCACCAAGAAAUGACAGUCAGAGUUGUUGUGAUUUAAUAACUGUAGAUGUGGGAAGAGGAGGCUGAGCAUCCUGGUUCUAUUUGCUGUGCACACCGUGAGUUGAUGUGGAUCUAACCAAGAAAAGGGCAAGGAACCUAAACAGCAUACGAAAAGCAAACUGAACUGAGGCAAAGAAUGCUUUGUCCUACAUCCGAUUCAGCCCUCAGGUGAUCAGGCUCUGCAUGCUUUUAAUUUGGCUAGCCGGGGAUAUUUGAGAAAACGUUCUGAGAACAAACGUGGCUGAAUAUUGAGCGUGACACAGAGUGUCACAAACGCUUAAAGCUUCAGGUCCUUCAGCCAACGGAGGGAACGAGUGUUUUCUGUCGGACCCGGGACGCGAGAACAUCCUCGCCUGAACAACAGCCCCGGGACAAGGCGUCCUGUUGGGGCGAAGGGGGUGAGAAGGUCGGGGCUGCGCCCGGCAGCGGGAGAGGAGCGGCGGGAGCUGAGCGUGUGCGGCUGCGGCGCGGGGAGGCGGGCGGCGGGCGGGCGGGCAGGAGGCUGGUGCGAGCUGUUUGGCCACCGGAGCCAAUCGAAAGCUGGGGCUUGAUCCUCUUCUCGGGCAGCGGCUGAGAGGAGUCAGUGCCGAGCUCCCCUCCGCAGCCGGGACCCGGCCGAGCCGCCUCGCUCUCUCCCGGCACCGCGCUCUCUCACCGGGCGCCUAUGGGCAUCUGCAGCGAGCGAGGGCUUCGCACCACCGCCAGCGGGCGAGGACCGCGACCCCGCUCCACCCCGCCUUUGGACCUAUAGCCGGCAGGACGGAGCGCGCUGCGGACCCUUCCUCGCCUCACCGCAGGAUGAUUUGGAAAUUUGCCGUGUCCAUCUGUUUGAUGGCAGCACUGGCUAGAGUAGCAGACAGCAGGAAGAACCGCCCGGCGGGGGCGAUCCCAUCCCCCUACAAGGACAGCAGCAGCAACAACUCGGAGCGGAGGCAGCAGCUGAACAAGGAGGUGCUGGCCUCCAGCCAGGAGGCCCUUGUGGUCACCGAACGGAAGUACCUCAAGAGCGACUGGUGCAAGACGCAGCCCUUGCGACAGACUGUCAGUGAGGAGGGCUGCAUAAGCCGCACCAUCAUCAACCGCUUCUGCUAUGGGCAGUGCAACUCCUUCUACAUACCGCGGCAUGUGAAGAAGGAGGAGGAGUCCUUCCAGUCCUGUGCUUUCUGCAAGCCACACAAGGUGACCUCCUCGACUGUGCAGCUGGAGUGCCCCGAGCUGGACCCACCAUUCCGACUCAAGAAAAUUCAGAAGGUGAAGCAGUGCCGGUGCAUGUCCGUGAAUCUGAACAACUCAGGCAAGAUGUAAGAACAGCUGUGUGGCUGCUGUUUGCUGUUGUCCUGUUGUCCCCAUCAGACUUCCCGCUGCAUCUCCUCUCCAUUGGGCAGACUGCCUAUUUUCUUGUUUUUUUUUCUUUUUUCCCUGUUUGUUUUCAUUUCGGGAAACAUCUCUCCAGCAAGGAAAGGCUCCUUGUCAUGUGCCUACUGGAAUGGGCUAUGUUAUGCACUUGAUCAUCAGGUUCAUUUUAUGUCUGGUAUCAUCUGACAGUUGAAUCUUACAGGGUGGAGCAGGCUCCUGAAGUUGAGUGCAUCUAAGUGGCCAGUUGGCUGAAUGCAACGUUAAAUGUUUCCACUGUGUGGAGUAAAGCCGUCUGCCCUACACUCCAGCCCCCUCCACCAGAUGAGAUGCCUUCCCACUAAGCUGUUCCGGAGCUUGCUGCUGUCACCACGAUAUGCUGGGUUCUUCCCAAAUCUGGGUGAGGCAGACCAGGGAGAGCUACAAAGAGUAACAAAAAGAGACUCUCUGAUGAGGCUCGGCUUCUUGAGAUACCUCUCGUUGUGCAAUGACAAACUGUUCCAAGUUUGUGGUCUGAACUGCAGAUAAGAGCUGAAGGGGAGAGGGCGAAACAUCAGAUCAGCCGCCGUGAUCACAUCAGCAGCCUGAAGGAGGAUUCUUAAGUUGUUGUGGCUGGAAUAUACCGAACAUGUGGUCUCUGCAGCAGUGUUUGUUUUGUAACUUAGCUAUAGUAAACAGCUGCUUAAAGUAUUAUAGACCUAGCCAUGUAUAUUUUUCUUGUGACAGAAUAUGUCGGAGAUUAAAAUGUGGUAAGAGACUUGGUUGCUAGGUCAGCUGCCUGGCUUAAAAUGGAUGCAUUUUAACUGGGCUUUCGGUACGUUAAUGUGUUAGAUCUGUGCUUGUUUCUUACUCCAAAAAGGACAACAUCCAUUUAUUACCUUAUAUUUAUGCCUGCUCAGACUGGAGAAGGUGGAAGGUAAUUGGAGAGGAGCUGAGAACACUAGUAGUGUUUCACUUAAGGUAUAAAAGCACUGUCGCACGAAGAACAAAAUUUGGUAAUUGCUGGACCGAAUGCAAAAGCUGCCUUAUUGUUCAGCGUCAUCAGGUGCUGGAAGUGACAUCUCUCCUGUGAUUGGAAACCAGGAAAAAGUGUUGAUGUUAAAGGACGAAACCAUCAGUCAGUGCUGUGGAAUAGGACGCAGUUGUAUGAGCAGGGAGAGAGAGCCAGUGCUAAUUACCGUGGCACUGGUGGCCCACUGAGUGUUUGGGUUCUACAUAAUCCAUGGUGGUGAACACUUUGCAGUUCAUUUUGAUCAUACUUUGUUGUUAUUCACUUGGUGGAGUUUAGCAUGUCCUGUGUAUCCUGUUUGUUCCAGUUCUGAUCUGUAUUAGUACCAGCUGCAUUAAGAUCAUAAGAUGUCUAAAAACAAACCAGCCCCUUCCCCCAAACCAAAGCCCAUACAUGCUCAGUCACCUGAAGCUUACUAAUUGACAAGUUGACUCCCCGAUGCAUGUCUUAGAGUUCAGGAUCUGCAUCUGCUGAUAAGAGCUUGCUGUGCAAACCCUUUCCUUCCAGAUUCCUUACGUGCAGCCACUUCAAGGGGUUAAUGUGUUUAGGACUCUGGCCAACCAAGAGUUCAGUGCCAUAUUAUGUGAGACGGGCUGCUCUAAGAGGCUUUUGGGACUGAGCUCCACAAGAGCUCACCAAGCGGUUUAUGGGGAUUGGCACGGGCAGGAUGAGGUUGGUCAGGUGUGUUAGCCCUAUUAAGUGAACAGUUAUGUAUUCUCUUCUGUGAUCUUUCAGAAAUGCAGAGGGAGACCCCUCACAGUUGUUUUUCAGAAGCUGGCAUUGCUAUACUAACAGCAUCAUGCCAACCCCUGAAAGUGUUCAUUCCAGGCUUGAUAGUGUCAGUGUGGGUGUGGGGCAAAGUGGAGAAAACUAAUCUAUUAUGACUCCAGUGAUCUCAGUCUCCACUUGAAAGAAACAAACUGAAAGUCAUUCAUUUUGGAUGAGAGAGAGAGAAAAGCACCGUGGUAACUUCAGUUAGGAAUAAUGUGCAAGAAUCUUUAAGCUAUGCCCUGCCUGGGGUUUUCAUCAGUUUGCAAUAUGACUAUGCUGCAGCUUAAAGUUCCUUCUAGGAGCUAUGUUUAUGUAAAAACUGAGUUGAGCUUGUAAUGGUUAAAACUGUAUUUAAUUCUUGUUUUAUAAAUGAAAA